AACUCGAGGGCGAUCCAUUUUCCUGGGAUUUUUCUCGAAACGCGAGGUUGAAAUCGGAGAGAGCGCGGCGGCGACGACGACGAGGGUUUGAAGCCGGAGAUCGAUCGGAGAAAUGGGGAAGGUGCCGGUGAGGGUGAAGGCGGUGGUCUACAGUCUCUCACCAUUCCAACAGAAGGUGAUGCCGGGGUUGUGGAAUGAUCUCCCUAACAAGAUCCAUCACAAGGUCUCGGAGAAUUGGAUCUCCGCCACCCUUUUGCUUGGACCUCUCAUCGGAACCUAUGCUUAUGUUCAGAAUUACCAAGAGAAGGAAAAGCUGGCCCAUAGGUACUGAACUGAAGGGGAAUGUCUCUGAUGUUGGGCUAGUUCAAUCCAUUUUCAGUCAUUUCAGGUUUAAAUCUACUUUGUAUCAAGAGCUGUGAUUUUCUGCAGUGAGUUGCAAAUAACUUCUUUUCCUGUUUGAAUAAUUUGUCAGUAAAAACAUUUAACUUGCUGGUUUACUACAUUUUCGCUCCAUGUAAACAUUAUCUUUACUGGUUUGGUUGAUGAAAAUUUUCUCAGCUA